CUUGGAGGCGGGACGCGUGGAGGUGAGCGCCGGGCCGAAUCUUCCUUGUCUUCUCGGCGCCAACCGGAGUUCUACGCCCCGGGCUCCCUGUGCCCGCUGUUCAGCUGCCGCGCAGGCACUCUCCCGGCACCCCAGUAUACUAUAACUGAAGAAAAAUGAUGGAAGAGAGUGGAAUAGAGACAACACCACCUGGGACUCCUCCACCAAAUCCUGCAGGACUGGCUGCUACUGCUAUGUCUUCUACCCCACUUCCAUUAGCUGCAACCAGUUCUUUUUCUUCUCCAAAUGUAUCCUCUGUGGAGUCCUUGCCGCCACACGCGUAUUCUACUCCUCAGCCAGUCCCUCCUCCUGUGCGGCCUUCGGGACCAUUACCUUUCGUGCCUCCUGCACCGGUUCCUUCCGUUCCGCCACUUGGUACUUCCAUGCCACCUUCUGUUUCUCCGUCCACUGCUGCUGCCUUCAGUAAUCCUCCCUCAUCCCACUUCCCACCUUCAACUUCUGCCCCAAGUGCUCUUUUAUCUGCACCACCUCCGGGUCCUCCUAUAUCAGGAUUUUCUGUUGGUUCAAAUUAUGACAUUACAAGGGGACAUGCAGGAAGAGCUCCCCAGACGCCUCUGAUGCCAUCGUUUUCAGCACCUUCAGGAACAGGUGUUUUACCAACUCCUAUUACUCAGCAAGCCAGUUUGACAUCUCUGACACAGGGAACUGGAACUGCAUCAGCCAUUACUUUCCCAGAGGAGCAAGAAGAUCCUCGGAUUAGUAGAAGUCAGGAUGAAGCAUCUGCUGGUGGAAUCUGGGGUUUUAUUAAGGGUGUAGCUGGGAAUCCUAUGGUGAAAUCUGUGCUUGAUAAGACAAAACAUUCGGUAGAAAGCAUGAUUACAACGCUGGACCCUGGCAUGGCUCCAUAUAUCAAAUCUGGUGGUGAACUGGAUAUUGUAGUGACCUCAAAUAAAGAAGUAAAAGUUGCUGCUGUCCGAGAUGCCUUCCAGGAGGUCUUUGGUUUAGCUGUGGUUGUGGGGGAAGCUGGACAGUCCAAUAUUGCCCCACAACCAGUGGGCUAUGCAGCUGGAUUAAAAGGUGCCCAGGAACGGAUAGAUAGCUUGCGUAGAACUGGAGUGAUCCAUGAAAAACAGACAGCUGUGUCUGUAGAAAACUUCAUUGCAGAAUUACUGCCUGACAAAUGGUUUGACAUUGGUUGUUUGGUGGUUGAAGAUCCUGUCCAUGGCAUCCAUCUAGAAACAUUCACACAAGCCACACCAGUGCCUCUGGAAUUUGUACAGCAGGCUCAAAGUCUCACUCCCCAGGACUACAAUCUGAGGUGGUCAGGGCUUUCGGUGACAGUGGGCGAAGUUCUGGAAAAGAGUUUACUGAAUGUCAGCCGGACUGAUUGGCACGUGGCCUUCACUGGCAUGUCUCGUCGACAGAUGAUCUACAGUGCAGCCAAGGCCAUGGCAGGCAUGUAUAAACAGCGCCUGCCGCCCAGGACCGUGUGACGGCAGACUUUAUCGGGGACACUGAGACUUUCUUUCACUUUUAGCUUGAUAUUAAAUAAGAAGUUGUACCUUCUUAAUUGAAUAGCUUCAAUGAAUCCAGCAAUUUUUAUAAUUUUCCUGUAGGCUGCAGUUUUUCUUUUUUUAGAAAGGCAUGAUGUCAUUCCAGUAGAUGAAAAGAAACAAUCCUUUUUCUAAUCGUAUUAUUUCAAAUAUCAUAGUUCUCAAAAAAGAAAAUAUACAAAUACAUUUAUGGCACAAUUUAAUAUACUAAAUUUAUAAGGUGGCAAUUCAUGUAUAGAGACAUUUAACUUAAUGAUAUGUUCCUAAUUAUUUUGUUUUUUAAAGAAGACCUAGUUAAAGAAUAUGUUUAUUGAGUAUUCUUUAAAUGCAUUAUUUCUUUUUGCUUAAUCUCUUUCACGUGUUAGUCUUUGAAGCUUUUGUAUGUGCACAUGACCUCAGGUGUAACGCUGAGCAGUCUGCUCCUAGGGAGAUGCUGCACAUUUGUAUGCAUGUUUUAACAGAAUGGGCCAAAUUAACAAAUUGAUCAUUUUCUUUUUUGGUCACCGUAUACAAAGAUAGUCUGGAAAAUUAUACUUUGUUCUUUUUUUAAAAUGAUUUUUGGCAUUUCACAGAUUUGUACUAUGAACAUUGGGGUAAUACAGUUUAUUUUUUCAUUGCCAUAUGACAACAAAGGGGCAAAUGAUUCAAGUAUAUUUUAAAUCAGAAGUAUUGUGUUAUUUUUGUAUAAUACUGUUCACUGCUUCCAAGAAUAAACUCUGACAGCAGCCA